AUGGCGCUCCCGCUCGCCUCUCUGCGCGUCCUGUUGGGCGGCUUCUUCGUGCUCACGGGGGCGGCCAAGCUCUCGGAGCAGAUCUCGGCUCCGGUGUCUGAGCAGAUGAAAGCCCUGUUCGUGCAGUUCGCUGAGGUGUUUCCGCUGAAGGUGUUCGGCUACCAGCCAGAUCCCAUGAGCUACCAAGUGGCUGUGGGCUGGCUGGAACUGCUAGCUGGGUUGCUGCUGGUCCUGGGCCCACCGAUGCUGCAAGAGAUCAGCAACUUGCUUUUGACACUGCUCAUGAUGGGGGCUAUCUUCACUUUGGUGUCUCUGAAAGAAUCACUGAACACCUGCAUCCCAGCCAUCGUCUGCCUGGGGCUCCUGCUGCUGCUGGAUAUCUGCUAGCUCUUAGUCCAAACUAAAAAGAUGUUCAGACACCCUAGGAAGAAGUCUCCAAGUGCAUUCAAGGAAUCCUGGGAGUAGAGUCUGUCUUGCCUCUUCAUACCAUGUCACUGCCAAAGCAGGAACAUGGUGGAACACAGAGUGUCACCUUGUUACCAGUACACCCAAGGUUGGCCAGUGUUGAAGUAGACAUCUGGUCUACCUGGCCCUGCUUUCUCUCCUGGACAUUUACUGCUCUUUUUUGAGGGGUACAUGUUACACAUUCUAGCAUUCCUCAUGUGAAAAUAGAAAAUAAAUUUAAAUCACCCAAACUUUUAAUGCCCCCAAAUAACUACUUUCAAUUCCUUUGUAUAACUGUACCUCCCAGUUUUUUUCUGUGCCUUUAUACAGAUUUUUUUUUAAUGAAAAUGAGACCACAUAUACGACUUUAUUACC